AUGAACACUGAAGUUGAUCUCUUUUCUGUUUAUUCAACACAGAUCAGUUUAGAAAAAGGGCAUUGGAUCGAUCAUAGAUCUGUGUCUAGUUUGUCAGACGGAAGUCCAAUCACGUUCCUAUCUACAGACACUGAAGAUUAUGUCGAUUUAUCUAAAGCAAUUAUUGUGGUAAGAGCAAAAGUGACAAAAGCUAAUGGCGCUAAUCUUGAUGCAGACGAAGAGGUUGGAGUUGUGAACAACUUCAUGCACAGCCUGUCAAACAAGUCGACGUAUUUCUGAAAGAAAAGCAAGUUACGCAGGCGACGGGUACCUACAGUUACCGAGCAUAUCUGGAAACCCUCCUAAACUGUUGUCCAUCAGCAGAGCAAUCUCAACUCACUGUAGCUUUGUUUUACAAAGAUACUGCAGGGAAAAUGGAAGUCUCGGGCCAUACUAAGGUAGUUGGCGAUGUCAACCACGGUCUUAAUACAAGAUAUGGAUUCAGCGAAGAAAGUGGAACUAUUGAAAUUGUUGGACCUAUAUUUAGUGAUAUGUUCUUUUCAGAACAUCUCCUGCUGAGUUUUGUAGACCUGAAUGUUAUUCUGAAUCGAAAUGGUAACGAGUUAUGUCUGAUGGCCUCUGAGAACGAUGUUGAUUACAGGGUAAAGCUGAUCGAUGCCUAUCUCAUGAUACGCAAGGUGAAAGUUAAUCCAAGCAUUUCCAUGGAUCAUGAAGUUGCAUUGAAAAAAGAAUCGGCUAUGUAUCCUAUUCUUCGCGUUAAGGGCAAGAGUUUCAUUAUUCCAGCAGGAAAUCCCUUCCUGAGGAAAGAUAACGUCUUUAACGGGCUUGUACCGAAAUCAUUUGUUUUUGGAUUGGUCGAAAGCGCCAAAGCAAUUAGCACCUUAUUAAUCCUUGUCGUUUCGACGUUGGUGAGCUUGUGCCCCAAUUUACUGUACAUCAUUGGAAAAAGCAUGAAAUACUGCACAAUAUAGUCGAGUUCGGGAAAAAUUGGGACGACAUUUAUUAGGGCAAAGCGUAAUACCGUUAUUGUUGGAGAUUCCAUCAUCAAGUACGUAAAGGGCUCGAAAUUGUCAAAUCCUACCCAGCGAGUCACAGUUAAAUCAUUCUCUGGUUCUAAUCUAGAAGAUAUGUAUGAUUUUAUAAAUCCAAUUCUGCGUAAGAAACCAGAUCAACUCGUGCUGCAUAUAGGAACCAACGACCUACGUCGUGCUGAAUCGCAGGUUGUUGCUCAUGGUGUAAUUGAUUUGGCGCACAAGAUUGAACAACAGUGUCCUGGUAUUGAUAUAAUUGUUUCUGGGAAUUUAACAAGAACUGACCGAUGUUAAAGCCUUCAGAUAGGGUAAGCGAAACAAAUAGAUUAAUUAAAUCUUUAUGCAACCAGAAUAACUUGGACUUUGUAACAAACUCUAAUAUAGAAGCUGCAGAUUUGAAUUCUAGAGGAUUGCAUCUUAAUCCUUAG